AUGUACAUAUACUUCUAUACAGACAAGGAGAGCUGCAGGACAUCCCCCGCUGGGACGCCAUCGCGUCGUCUGCCCCUUAUCUUGACAUCUGACAAACGCCAACAGCUGUCAGGCCAGACUUGCAGCGAGACAGAAAAAGCAAAGAAACGAGGGGGGAAAGACGCGAGCCCCCGGGAGAAGCCUUUCAUUCUUUUUUCCCCCCCCGGGAGUCGGAACGAGGAGCAAGAGAACGGGGAGAGGAAGAAGGAGAGAGGAGGAUCCAAGAAGGACUGGCUCGCUGCAGGAGGAAUAGGGAUCGAGAAGAGACGCCGUUCCUCCGCGGCCUCCUACAGGAUAGAGAAUAAUAAGGUGCUGAUCGAGAACGAGGACGGCGAGAUACAAGAAUUCGAGAUCCUGGCCAGCAAAGACAAGCACGGGACACUCCGGAAGGCCGUGCCAACCCUCCCCGUCGCCCUGGCCAUCUGCUGCCUCAUCCUCAACAUGGUCCCUGGUCUUGGGACAAUGGUGUCAGGAUUCGCCGUGCUGUGCGGCUACCCGACGGAACACUCGAGCAAGGGCGCCGGGGUUUUCUACAACCUGCUGGUGGCGCUGCUGCAGUUGAUUCUGGCCCCGAUUAUCGUCGGCUGGAUCUGGUCCAUUCAGAGAGGGAUCAUCAUUGUGCAGGAGUCAAUGAACCAGAAGAUCGAACAGAGAGAGAGGAGAAUGAGUCAAGAUGUCACGGCGUAGAAGACGUAGACAUCGUAACGAGAACCGCCGAGGGAUGU